UGUUUAUGGAGUACGUCCGCGGACCACGUCCAGGAAGAGUGGGAACGUCAGAUACUAACACGGAGCAAAUGUCAGUUUUCUAAUGGUGUUGUUUGCGUAUCCGCGUUCUGCGCCAGGCUUGGUCUAUAGUUAAUGUCUCAGAAAUCCAGGGCGGAUACAGUGAAAUGGGGUUUGUUCAGCAAAUCCUCAGCUUGAAUUUGCCGAAAGAACACGGUAACGUUACAGCGCUGACCGAGUUCUCAGAGAUGUGGUACGGCGUGUUCCUGUGGGCGGUCGUCUCCUCUCUAGUGUUCCACCUGCCCGCCGCCCUCCUGGCCCUGGCCACGCUGCGGCGGCACAAGAUGGCACGCUUCAUGCCCAUCGCCAUCCUGCUGAUGAGCAUUUUGGGCCCUCUCUGCGGAGGCGUCCUCACCAGCGCGGCAAUAGCGGGGGUGUACAAAGCAGCGGGGAAGAAGAUGAUCCCCCUGGAGGCCUUGGUGUUCGGAGUGGGGCAGUCCUUCUGCGUCCUGGUCAUCUCCUUCUUAAGGGUCCUGGCCACCCUAUAGCAUCUAGGAGGACGGCUGUCUCCGUCGCUGUUGCCGCGGGCAACGGGAUACGGCAAGCGCCCCGCCGCAGGGGGACGUGAUGCAGACGUACACCUGCCCGCACCGAGGCCUUACCCCUCAAAGUCCGGCCACGUCUUUCUCUCAAGGGGU